AUGUCAGCUUUUGAAUAUUCAGAAUUGACUGAGGACAGUUCAAAUAUCAGUGAUUUAAACCAAUUCAAAACUAAAAAAAUUAAAUCCGGAAAAGUUGUAUCAUAUAAAGAAAAACUUAAUUCUAUUGUAAAAUCAAAAAAAUAUAAUAAUUUAACAACAGAAUUUAGUGACAGUAUCAUAAUAAGAGAAGCAGAAAAAAAUUAUACUAUAAAAUGUCCAUCACCAGCUGGUCAAGACUAUUGGGUGGUUCAGCAUUUCAAAACUGAAAAAAUUGCUAAUCUUCCGUCUCAGGAAAGGUGGAAACAUGCUGAAUGUAUAAUCAAAAUGAAUCUGUCAGACCAGAAAAGCAACGACAUAAAUAUUAACAACCAACUGCAAAAAACAAUCGAAAUAAUUUUGGAUCGGUUUAUGGCUGACCCGAAAAAGAAAAUGAUGACAAUUAAAAAUUUAAAUUGAAUUUUAAUUAUAUAUUGA